AUGUCUACUAUUGUCAUUCCAAUAAAAAUCCUUAUUUCAUCCAUCCUCCUCUGCUUUCCUGGCCAUGCUUUAACUGCACUUUGGCUGGUUUCUUUGGCUGGUUUCUCUGAGGAGUGCAUUUUUGAGAGUGGAGUUGGCAAGGAGAUCUCUAUUCAUCAUAGCAUUGACUGUAUUAAGCAUAUUGAGAUCAAGAUCAAGCUGCUCACAAGGUCUCUUCAGCUCUUGUAUGAGGACCAGCAGCAGGUUGUAGGCAAGCUUACUGAUGGUCUUGAUGCCAUUGCUUCUCAUGAGCAUGGUACUAAGAUCAUCGAAGCUUAUGCAUAG